AUGAAGGCCAGAUUUGUUCCUGCCAUUGCCACUCAAUCGUUGGGUAGGACCUGGCACCACAGCCUCGAACAUAAGCUCAGACUGUGCCAUCAGUAUGGCCUCGGAACGUUAGAACUUUUCUUCGAAGAUCUUGAAGGCGUCGCCAACAACCUCCCAUCCUCCCAUCCACACUUGCCUUCUGGCACAUCCUUCCCAGGUUCAACCGAAGAACAAGAAAAGCAGAUCGCCGCCUCCCAGUACAUACACGAACUAUGUGUUCAGUAUCAACUGGAAAUACUGUGUCUUCAGCCUUUCAUGCAUUAUGACGGUCUCGUCGACCCUGCCUCACACAAGGCUGCGAUUGAAAAAUUACAUUUCUGGAUCAGACUUGCUCACAUCCUCGACACGGACCUUAUCCAAAUACCUUCGAGUUUUCUCCCCGAAUCGCAAUGUUCCGGUUCCCGAGACAGGAUCGUGGCGGAUCUGAGAGAAGCAGCUGACGUUGGACUGAGAAGUAAUCCCCCAGUACGGUUCGUCUACGAGGCUCUAUGCUGGGGUACGCAUGUCGAUUUAUGGGAUGUCGCAUGGUCGAUAGUGAUGGAGGUUGACAGGCCAAACUUCGGCACGUGUCUUGAUACUUUCAACCUUGCCGGUCGCGUUUUCGCGGACCCGGCAUCACCCACAGGCAUGACACCAAACUCAUACGAAGACACGCGGGAAACAAUCGCCAAGCUCCGAUCAGAACUGCCGCGCGCCAUUGAGAAGGUCUUUUACGUCGAGGUCUGCGAUGGCGAGCGACUGGAUCAGCCAUUAGUGCCGGGCCACAAGUGGUACCAUCCUGAACAAAAAGCCCGCAUGUCGUGGUCCCGGAAUGCUAGGCUUUUCCCAUUUGAAGAGCGGGGCUACAUGCCGGUUCUCGAAAUCCUCGAAGCAAUCUGUGAUGCUGGCUAUAGAGGUCCAAUAUCGUUCGAGCUGUUUUCGGAAUCUGCAAAUCAGGCUGGCAAGGAUGUACCGGAAGAGCAUGCCAGACGUGCAGCGAUCGCCUGGGCUAAGCUGGAAGAACAUAUGCAUUGGAACGAUUCGGCAGACGUCUCAUGCAAUGCUAGUGUGUAA